GUGUCAGUGCUUUCAUCAAACGUGGCGUGUGAAGAGCAAAAUCUACAUCAUGGCCAAUAAAAAUGGCUAUAUUCAAUCCAUUUCAUUAAUAAUUUUGCUUAGGUUAGUGCAAAUCAACGGAUAUUUCAUCACCGUUGACCCGCAUUCUGAAGAAUGUUUCUUCGACCGGGCUGAGGCCGGCACCAAGCUAGGACUAAUGUUCGAAACGGUAGAAGGUGGAUUUUUAGAUAUUGAAGUACGUAUCAGUGGACCCGAUGAAAAAGUAAUAUACCAGGGAGAAAAGGAAUCUUCCGGGAAAUACACGUUCUCCGCCUAUGAGACCGGUGUUUAUCAUUACUGUUUUAGCAACAAAAUGUCAACGCUAACACCGAAGGUGGUAAUGUUUUCCAUGGAAAUUGGCGAAGCACCCAAGGGUACUGUAGGAGCAGUGAACGAAGGGGAGGCUGGCCAUACAAAACUGGAGGACAUGAUACGCGAAUUAUCAGGAACUCUGACUAGUAUAAAACACGAACAGGAUUACAUGCAUGUUCGAGAUCGGAUUCAUCGAUCGAUCAAUGAAAGCACAAAUGCUCGUGUGGUAAUGUGGUCUUUCUUCGAAGCAAUCGUUCUUAUAGUUAUGACCGUCGGCCAGGUUUAUUAUCUUAAACGAUUCUUUGAGGUAAAGCGUGUGGUUUGAAUUGAAAUGAAAUAUAUUUGUAAUACAUGUCGUAUGACAGAAAUUUCCCACGUGCACUCAAUUUGUACGUCGAUGUUUAAGAGCCCAUUGGCGGCUAAAUUUUAUGCAGCCUGCCUUAGCGCAUAUUUGGUACCAUUUUCGACGAUGUUUUGCAAUGGUGUGCGUUUUACCUGGCCGUAUUUCUGCAUCCUGUUGCACCGUCCCCAAGCCCCAUAAUUUUACCAUCCUUAUUCAUAAUUGUCAAUAUCGCUGCAACACUUCUACUCUACUUCUGCUUGCCCUUCGUGUUGGAUUGCAGCUUAGAUCUUACUAGAAAAUAGCAACAUAAAUAAUCAGAUCCAUUCAUCGAAACAAGUUUCGAAUAUAUUAGCCGGUUUAACGCGUGCCGUGACUGAUACUGCAGUACAAAAAUGAGUUGUCACAGCGGACAUCAAUUUAACACUAAAUACGUUUUUUUGUUAUAUUUACUCGAUGCACGAUCGCAACAUAUUACGCCGCUUGUGCGGGCCUACAGUGCACAUGGAUGCGGAAGGAUGAACCGCACAUCAUCGCAAAAUGCGUCAGAAAGAGUACCUACAUGCAUAAAGGCCUAUCUUGUUUGUUCGGAGUCUGCUCUAUUGCCAGGCCUGUUUAUUACCAGGGGUUUAUCAAACAAUAAGUGGUCAUUUUGAG